AUGCAUCAACCGCCACCCAACACAGCCACAGCCCCCAACGCGCCGCCGCAAAUCAGCGUGAACGGAACCCAACUGCAAGUGGUGAACUUCCCGUACCUGGGCAGUACCCUCUCCCGCAACACCAAGAUUGAUGACGAAGUCGCCAACAGGAUCUCGAAAGCCAGUCAAGCCUUCGGUCGCCUCCAAAGCACAGUUUGGAAUCGUCAUGGUCUCCAACUGAGCACGAAGCUGAAGAUGUACAAGGCCGUCAUCCUGCCGACGCUACUGUAUGGAGCGGAGACUUGGACGGUGUACACAAAGCUGGCACGCCGUCUGAACCACUUCCACCUCAGUUGUCUUCGUCGCAUCCUGAGGCUGAAAUGCCAGGAUCGAAUCCCCGACACUGAUGUGCUGGAACGGACGGGAAUCCUCAGCAUCUCCACCAUGCUGAGACAAAUGCAGCUGCGCUGGAGCGGCCACCUGGCGCGCAUGGACGACGAGCGACUACCAAAACGACUCUUCUACGGAGACCUCGCGACGGGGUCUCGCCGCCAAGGAGGCCAAAUUCGCCGUUACAAGGACACUAUGCAGUCCUCCCUGAAGCGUCUACAAAUCAUCCCGACCAACUGGGAAGAUCUCGCACUCGAUCGACCGACCUGGAGGAGGACAGUGAAGACAGGCGCUGCGAUCUACGAAGCCAACCGCAUCGCUGCCGCCAAAGCAAAACGCGAAGCCCGCAAAUCACAACUUCGCGCAGUCCGCAACGCCGACGCACAACCGCUACCUACGUGUCCUCGAUGUCAACGGACAUUCCGGGCUCGAAUCGGACUUGUUGGACAUCUUCGGAUCAACUGCGCCUAUUGA